UGAUAGAUUUCCAGAUGAAUGCAGAAAUGAAGCCGUUUACGUUUAUUUUAGCGGCUUUUUGUGUGCUUGUAUCAAAUGUAGCGUGUACUUUGCGUGAAGUUCAAACAAAUGAUGGAAAAAUAGUUGGUGGUACUGAAACAUCCAUACAAAAUUAUCCUUACCAAGUAUAUUUGUUGUUGAAACAAACUGGUACUAACAAAUACUUUGAAUGCGGCGGGUCCAUAGCAACACAGUAUUGUAUCCUAACCGCUGCUCAUUGUCUUACUGGAAUGGAAUCAGCGACUAUAAGAGUUGGUAGUACAUAUCGUUCAAGUGGCGGCAGCACUUACAGUUCGAGAAUGCUGAUACAACAUCCGAGUUACAACACAACAAACAGCGACUACGAUGUGGCAGUUAUCAGAGUGUUCAGACGUAUUAAUAUAGAUGGUGUGAACAGUUCUUUGGUUUACACACCUAAUUAUAGUUGUGUUGUACCAGCUGGUACUAACCUGACUAUCACUGGAUGGGGUGAUACUAGUGAAGGUGGAACUGACAGCGAAACAUUAAGGGUUACAACGGUUAAUGCAGUUUCUGAUGAAGAGUGUAAGAAAACCUAUCCGAAUUUAACUCCACGAAUGACAUGCGCUGGAGUCGCUGAAGGUGGAAGGGAUACGUGUCAGGGUGAUUCCGGUGGUCCACUUGUUAUAACAGGCACGAGAUUUCAAUCAGGUAUUGUUUCGUAUGGCAGUGGAUGUGCGAGACCUAACACUCCUGGAGUUUAUACCAAUGUUUGUAAUAGAAGUAUUCAAAGAUGGAUAAAUAGAAUGGGAUGCUCUUGAAUUGUUAAAUACGCUCAACGUUAAUUGUCUUCUUCUCAUGAUAUCGAUUUCAAAUGUUCACUAACAAAUUUUUAACCACAUUGUUUUCAAUAAAUUAUGAAUAAAUUAUGUUUAAUGGCACUU